AUGUCCUCUCUCCCCAGAACCCCCUUCUCAGUCCACGGCGGCUGCUUCUGCAAAGCAAUAACCUACACAAUCUCCAUCCCGGCCUUCGAGUCCCGCCCGCUCCUCGAUUCCGACCGCCACCCACCAAAACAUGCAUUCGGUGCUCAGACCAAUGUGGCCGCGCGCUUACCGGUCAUCAGUCUCGAUCACUGUAAUUCCUGUCGUCGGAUCUCGGGCGCGAUUAUUCAGGCUUGGUUUAUUUGCCCGCAGCGAUGGGUGACUUUCUCCCUUCUGGCCCGCAACACGAGUUCCGACUCGAACACAAGUGAAGAGCGUAUCACUCCAAAGACAACGGCAGAAGUUCUCCGCCCGAGUAAGGAGUUGGAGGAAGCGACGUAUAUCAAGGUUUUUGAUAGCUCUGAGCAGGCGCACAGGACGUUUUGUGGGCGCUGCGGAACGCCAUUAAGCUUUUUGUAUUCGGGCCUCGGUGACGAGAUGAGCAAAGAGGAGAACUGGGGCCCGUAUUUUGAUACUGCGUUGGGGACGCUUGAGAAGGAGAGUGCGGAGAUAGAGGGAAUGAGACCUGGGAGGCAGGGGUGGCUUGAUGAUGGGAUUGGGUGGGUGAAACAAGUAUUCGAUGAGGGAGGGAAGAGCCUGGGUAUUGAGAAGGUUGAUACGGUAUAAAGAGUGAGAUAGCACACAUUUGUAGGAGGACGCAGAAGACCUUUGCUCGAAGUCUCCUCAGCCAAGGUUCUAGAAACGAGUGUGAAUCUUGCAAUCUCGGAUUGGGUCAUUGCUUUAGCUAAGGGGUACCUCUCUUGCCCUCUUAAAAACCUUGAAUGUGACUCCUGCUUUAUCGAAAGCCCACUUCACUUCAUCUGGUGGCUCUAACGCGCAGUCCUCAAGUUCUCUCUCACCAAGAGCAGCACAUGAUCUCUCCGUGAUUGAAAUAUGUCUUGGCGUCUUAGCACGCGUUCUCUUGCUACCUGCUGAGCAGAAAACCAACUUAUGAU